UGCAGUUGGCUUGUCGAUGCCUCGCAGAGCUGAUUCUGAUUGGAGGAUCCGUGUCACAUGACUCUUAAAUUUCGUGGUGACGUCCGCAGAGUAAGUUGUGACACGCGACGCAUCCAGGAACAGCAUCUGCCUCCCACAGGAAUGGGUCAAGAAGCAGGGAAGCCUGCAUGGCCUAAAACAGCUGGAGGAUAUCAAACCAUCUCAGGCAGGAGAUACGGCCGGAGACACGCUUACGUCAGCUUUCGACCUAUUACAGAGAAGCAAAGACCCACAUCCACAGUGGACAGCCAGAACAUGGAGAUGAACAGUGGCCAUAAGGACCAGGCAAUGGACUCAAAGAGCAGUGUUUCUUCAGUGCUUCAGAAUAUUCUUCCAAUGGCAUCCUCGAAUUCAGUCCGUUCUGAAUUAAACACUCCAUCAAAUCAGGAUGCCCGCAGGAAACUGUCUUCAUUGUGGAGAGUCACGAAACCCCCCGCAAACCAUUCCAAGAGACCAAAGAGCGACCAGGUUGUUCCAUAUAAUCACUGUAAUAUAGAAACAAAUGAACAAGAAAGAGUUUGGCCCAUUACAAAAGAAAAGCCUAAGAGACCUGAGGUUCUGAGCUACAUCAACAUAGACGCCUACGAGCCUGACAGUAGUGGUGCUGAAGAAGAGGACUCGAGUUCAAAUCCAUCUCACGCCAUUCAUGAGAGACUCAACCGUAUGAUUGACAAUCUGGAGGACAAUGCCGAUUCUCUCGAUGAUUUGCAUUCCAAUGUAUUUACAUUUAAAAAUAAUGAUACAGAAUGUUUAGCUCAAGCGGCACCAACAGAACUUUAUUGUGAUGAACCGCAAAGAACUGUCAAAGAAAACAUUGACCAGUUGCUGGUCUGUGAAGACCAAGCUCACGGGGUUACAGCCGGUGCUGGUUCUGCUUCCUGUCAAAGCACAGGAAAUGUGAACCCCGAAGAACUGUUGGUCGUGAGGCCAAAGAUCCGCAAACAGACCAGCGAGACCCACCUCGAAAGGAGGAAACAUUCCGACAAAAGGGAAGCGAGUCAUUUGUCAGACACGACGGUCAGAAACAAGUGCGGCUCUGCACCUCCGGGUUUCCUCGGACAAACAAGCCCUGAAAGUGACUUCCUCUUUGAUUUUCCACCGAUGGCCUUGAGUGACCUCAACUCUUUCGAAAAGAAACCAGAGGAUGGGAGCAACGCUGCAGUGGGUGGGAACGAUGACAACGUCUGUGAAGGUCUAGAGGAUCCGUCUGUAAAGGGUGAAAGAAGCAGCAGCUCCGAAUGCAGCGAGGGCGAGUGGUCGGCCUCAUGGACGUCUGACUCUGGGCUGGAGAAGGACAGGUCCAGCAGUGAGGAAAGCUGGGAGACUCUGCCCAGUAUGGAUGAGCUGCCUGGCAGCAAUAACAGCAGUCAGGAGGAAGUGCCGUCUCUCAGCCUCGCUCUGGAGGAGCAGACCCCUCUGGAGGAGGGCGAGAUCCCCUGGCUCAUGUAUAAUGAAGACUCAGGGACCAGUAGCGAUGAAGAAGCAGAUGGUGUCAGUCACUUUGUGCACCCUGGACUCUUUAUCCUGGACGGCAACAAUAACCUGGAAGAUGAUUCCAGCGUGAGCGAAGAUCUGGACACCGAGUGGAGGUUUCUAGAUGAAUUUGGUGAUGGUUUCGGGAUGGCGCAGGCAAUCUCCUACGUCGAUCAUUCUCAGCUCCUCACAUACAUGGCAUUAGAGGAGCGUCUCGCUCAGGCUAUGGAGGCAGCGCUGGCUCAUCUGGAGUCUUUAGCUAUAGAUGUGGAGCAAGCCCAACCCCCCGCCACUGAGCAGAUCAUCGACUGCCUACCCCAAAUCACCAUCCGUGCUGACAACACUGAGCAGGAGCAGUGCUGUGCCAUCUGCUGCUGCGAAUACGUCAACGAUGAGAUCGCGACCCACCUGCCGUGCCGCCACAUGUUCCAUAAACUCUGCAUCACUCUCUGGCUCAGAAAGUCUGGUACGUGUCCAGUGUGUCGUCACGUUCUGACCCCAGCGGUGACCGAACCCACAUCUUUAAACCCUGAGCACGAAACGCCGCCAUCCAGUCACAAUGCAUCUGGAGGAACGUGCUGAACCCUCUCCACCCGUCAAUAAAAUGAUUCCACAGAGAAAUACUCCCGUAAUAAAAGAAUCGCAAAGAUUUCCAACUGAUAUCUCAUCGAGUGACAGAUUCAAAAUAUUACAGAUUGUGUAUAACCUAGUGACUUUACGGCCCAGAUGUGGCCCAAACUAAAAGUUAUUUUCUGAGAAAAUAUGAAUACGUAUAUAUUCAUAGGAAGCAUAUUUAUUAAUGUUUCAUUUCAAAUUUGUUUUUCUGCAUCCAGUCCAUCCUUAACAUAAUUACCUGCGUUUAACCUUUCAUAGUUCAUGUCAAAUAAUACCCACACACAAUUACUCAAUAAAAGCUCACGCUUGGUGUAAAUAAA